UAAACCUCGAAUCACUCAACAACAACACCACCGCUGUCAGCGCUUUGUUGAAGUUAGCAAGAAUAUUUAAUGAGAAACCUUUGCUCGGGAUGGCUGUAAGACUUGAAAAAUCUCAGGGCCUGAAGAUGGAUGAACUGUCUUCCCACACUUGGAGUGCUCCAGGUAUCCCGGUGGAGGCUGUGGCCCCAUUCCAGAAAAGCCAGACUCAAGAAGGGCUCAGGGGUCAAAGGGAAGAUAACCUGGAGAUCAUGUACUGCAAAGAUCAGAUUUACCAGGGAGACGUAGAGUUCAGCAUCGAGGAGCUCCGUGCGCAGCGAUACUACAAGGCUAUGAGAGAAAAGGCUUCACACCUGAACAAAAUGAAGCAGGACUUGCAGCUACAGAUCGAGCAGGCACAGAGAAAACUUCACCAGAGAAACAGCACAGCGGCCCCACAGCAGUGCUUCCCUGCAGACAAAAGAGAGGCCAGUUCUUCAAUCCAGAGACCUACAGCUUCAUGUGAAUCAGCUGCUGAUACUGUGAAAUCUGCUCCGUUUGGGAUGUACAGUGAGCUGGAAGAAGGGCUUGGGGUUUCCAGCAGCAGAUCAGUGAGUCGAGAAGACGAUAUAAAUCAAAGUGGAAGUGACGCAAAACUGCAGAAAACAGCAAAACCUUUCAACAUUUAUGAUGAGAGCGCACAAACAAACAAACCUAGCAGUUCAGUGAGUCGAGAGGACGAUAUGAAUCAAAGUGGAAGUGACGCAAAACUGCAGAAAACAGUAAAACCUUUCAACAUUUAUGAUGAGAGCGCACAAACAAACAAAAUUAGCAGUUCAGUGAGUCGAGAGGACGAUAUGAAUCAAAGUGGAAGUGACGCAAAACAGCAGAAAACAGUAAAACUUUUCACCAUUUAUGAUGAGAAUACACAGCCAAACAAAAUUAGCACUUCAGUGAGUCGAGAGGACGAUAUAAAUCAAAGUGGAAGUGAUGCAAAACUGCAGAAAACAGCGACAGGAAAGCCUUUCACCAUUUUUGAGGAUAAUGCACAGACAAGCAAAAUGACAUCUUCUGCAAACCGUAAAUCUCUAAAGCUGCCCACAUUGAGUCUGAAAGCACCAAAGUCAAAAGCAGAGCUGGUCGCAGACAAAGACGCCUCCAUCUCCCGCUCAGAGGAAGCCAUCAUCAAUGGUCACAGGAAUAAGACUCUGUGCCGCAGUCCGAACGACACGUGUGAAUUUGCUCGCGCCGCUCAGCUCGCGUCCAGUCCUUUUGCAGGAGUCGACAGGCAGAAAACACCAGAAUCGGGGCUGAUGGAGAAUCUGAGCCCAACAGAUCCUGAAAGCACUAAAGCUGCAAACAUUGAUGAAACACCGGAGGAGAAAAAGCUCAGUCCUAUCCUGGAGAUCAGUCAGGAGUGGGGCGGCUCUACAUUUUGUCAGGAUCCCAUGAAACGCUUUAAUGAAGGCGAGACCAGCCGAUCUGUGGAGAGACCAGAAACUGAGCUGGAGAACGUCAGUAAACGGCAGGAUGUCUGCAGUCUGCAUGUGAGAUCCAGGAUCUUUGACCAAUCAGACGUGACAUCCUUGUCCAACUUCCACAGAAAAGCUGGACUGCUGCCCGACACCAGCGAUGAUCUGCAUCUCGAUGGAGAGCAGCUGUUUUACUGCGGUAAACUAGGAUCAGUGAAGGACUUUAGCCUGUACUCAUCUGGAACUGCUGCUGUCCUGCUGAAGACUGACAGGUCUUCAGUGCCGUGGGAUUUCUUCAUCAUUUCUCAGCUCAGAUCUCGAGGCUGCUGUGAUGAACAGGACCGUGACGUCCAGAUCUCCUGCCAUAUGUUUGAAAACGGCAGUGUUACUCUGUGGAGGAUUCCUCACGGAGACACUCUACAGGAUCUGCUCUGUGAACCCUUGGCCAGACAUGAUGCUUGUCUGUUGGUGGUUUUGCUGCUGGAACUGGUCAGACGCUUUCAUUCCUGUCGGCUGCUGCAUGGAGGCCUGAAGCCGGAGUCGCUCUACUUUUACCACAGUGGACUCACAGCUCUGGAUUUCUCAGACUCUGUGGAUCUUCAUCUACAGACUGACGUCACAGAAGCUCAAGAUCUUCCUUCAGCACAGCAGUUCAUCCAGCAGCGGCUUCUGUCACCGUCAGCAUCACCUUUCCAGGUUGAUCUGAUCAGUGUUGCUGAAAUCACACACCGCCUGCUGUUUAACACUCCUCUACAAGUGAAGCUGGUGGAUUCGGUCUGGUGUCUGGAGGAGGAUUCUGCAUCUCAGCAUGGUUGUCCUGUGGAGCCGCUCUGGACAGAGUUUUUCCACAUGAUCUUGAAUCCAGAAAAAUCUUCAGAUCUUGUUUUGUCCGACCUCAUCAAUAACGUGAAGAACAACUUAUAAAAAAACAUUCAGUAUUAAUCUGUAAAAUAAUUUGCUUUUGUAUGUGCAUUUGAUAU